AUGCGAAUAUCGGGCCUGCACGCUGUAUACCUUGCAGUCUUUGCCCUCAUAGGGACAGACUGCGGCGCACAUGCUGCUUCCCCGGCCUCGCAACAUGCAAGUCCGGACUCAUGCGCUCUGGAACCACUUUCCAAAGUCUCCGACGCAUGCGCCUCGUACGCCGAACUGAACAUAUUAAACGACAAACUUCAUCCAUACGUCCGAAACCUCGCGAACAAUACCGACUUCUUCUCAUACUAUCGACUCAAUCUAUACAAUAAAAAGUGUCCCUUCUGGAACGAUGAGAAUGGACUGUGUGGCAACAGAGCGUGCGCGGUGGACACACUGGACAAUGAGGAGGACAUACCGAUGAUAUGGCGUGCAGAAGAGUUGAGCAAGUUGGAAGGUCCGAAGGCGCAUCAUCCUGGGAGGAAGCAGCAGCAGGAACGAAAACGACCAUUGUUGGGAGAGCUGGGAGACGAUGUUGGGGAGAGCUGCGUUGUGGAGUACGACGAUGAAUGUGAUGAGCGGGACUACUGUGUGCCCGAGGACGAGAGUGCCAGCGGCAAGGGAGACUACGUCAGUUUGGCAGACAAUCUCGAGCGCUUCACUGGAUACUCCGGCGAAGGAGCGCACCAAGUUUGGGAAGCCAUCUACCGAGAGAAUUGCUUUUCGAAGCCCCAUGCGGCGAAGAAAGGUGCUGCAGUACCAGGACUGUCGGCUCCGCUUCCUGGAUUCUCAGUCGAUCAAGCUCAGGCGGCGCUAGAGUUCAAGCACGUUGUGAGAGAGCGCGACCGCCAACAGGCAUUUCAAUCGGGCACUCAACUGGACGCUCUGGACUUUGAGGAUGAGUGCUUGGAGAAACGUGUCUUCUACCGAGUCAUCUCGGGCAUGCACGCUUCCAUCUCUGUGCACUUGUGCUACGAUUAUCUCAAUCAGACGACCGGAGAGUGGGGACCGAAUCUGGAAUGCUAUAAGGAGCGACUUUACGGUCAUCCAGAGCGGAUCUCGAACCUCUACUUCAACUACGCCUUGGUCCUCCGUGCUGUAGGGAAGCUACGGAAUUAUGUGCAGGACUACACGUUCUGCACGGGCGAUCCCGUCCAGGACACGAAGACGAAAAAGAUGAUCACAGUGCUGGCAGACGCAAUCCCAGCUGGCGAUCAAAUCUUUGAUGAGAGCGUCAUGUUCCGAGACCAGACCGCCGACGGCAUCAGUCUCAAGGAAGAUUUCCGCAACCGAUUCCGCAACGUGAGUAGGAUCAUGGACUGUGUGGGUUGCGACAAAUGUCGUCUUUGGGGCAAGGUGCAGACGGCCGGAUUUGGCACCGCACUCAAAGUGCUGUUCGAGUUUGGAAACGGUCAUGAAGGUCAAGAGAAGCCACUCCUGCGUCGCACGGAACUGGUGGCGCUCGUCAACACUCUCGAUAAGAUUAGCUCUGCAUUGAAGGCGCUUGAACAUUUCAAGAUUAUGAUGCAAGGAGAGCUCGACGGCAAGUCUGCAGCAGAGAUCGAAAAGGCCAAAAAAUUCGACAUUGUCUGGAAAGCCUACAAGUUUGUACUCUGGAGCUGGGCGGAGCUACCGAUCAAGAUCCCGUCCAUUAUCCUGCAUGAGUUCUACCGACUCACGGACUUCUGGCUGGGUCGACCGAUACGGCCGCGAGGUUGGGCGAUGCGCUUUCCCACGCGAGAAGAGCUUUGA